AUGUCGCAUUCAUCACCUAGUAUUCAGCUGAAGCAACAGAAUAUUAAAGAAGAACUUAAGGAUCAAUUUAAUCAGUUCGAAAAACCACGUAGACAAUUAGCAUCGACUAAUCCACCCAUAAAAAGAAGCAUCCUUUUGCUUGGCCCUACAAAAAGUGGCAAGACAACGUUGGCAAAUGUACUCAAAGAUCCAUUCUACAUACCACCAUAUGCGAAAGUGGGUUCAUCAGAAAAUCAAUCUCCAACUGUGACAUCAAUAGAAUGCUAUACGUCUACACAUAUCACAGUGAACAUUGUUGAAAUUCCUGGUGCUAUGCUCAAUAACGAACAGAAUAUGACUCAGAUCGAUGAAGCGUGUACUAAGCUGGGUGUUACUCAGUUUAAUCGUGUCUGUGUUUGUGCUUCAUUUGAAAGUGGCAUUUUAGAAACCGAUAUAGAAUUGUUCGAACGACUCAUUAAACAUUUCGGUGAAGAGAGAAUCAAGCCUUAUUUAAGUUUUAUUUUGACUCGAUGUGAAUCGAAGGAUGAAGAAUCUAGAGCUAACAUAACAGAAGAUUCUAAUAAAGAUUAUAAAUUUUCUCGUGUAAUGCAUUGGUUCGAUCGACGAAUCCACUUCACAGGAGCAUUGAAUCCAGUUGACUGGGAUCGAGCGAAUGAAGGAGCGAUUCUUGAUCAAUUUAAAUCAGUCUGCAAAGAUCGACGAAGAUUUUUAGAAUUUAUCGAACGUAAUCCUGGCAUCGAAUCAUUUAAUAUUCAAUCGCCAAAAGAACGUUCUUCGCUUAUCUCAAGUUUCAGAAGCAAUCUCAGUAUUAAUUCAACUUUAGGAAAGUGCGAAAUUAUUGAACAAGCUAUUGAAAAUUAUAGAAACAAGUUUCAAUCAAUAAUGUUAAACCAUGAUCCACUGCCAGAUAACACAGACGAACAAAAAGUCCUUGCAGUACUCAAUCUUGAAGUUAUAUCGGAAAUAUGCGAAAGCUAUCCGACAAUACAUGGCGACGAAUCAUAUAACCUAACAAUCGAACAAACCAAUGGCACAAUCAAAGCAAAAACUAUCUGGGGCGUAUUGAAUGGUCUGGUGACAUUUUCUCAGUUGCUUUUUAUUACAGAUAGGAAUCAGGUUGCUAUCAACGCAUCGAUUGUCAUUGAAGAUGAACCUCGUUUUCCACAUCGUGGUAUUCUCCUGGAUACUGACCGUCGUUUUCUAACAGUUACAGUGAUAAAACAACAUUUGGAUAUGAUGGCGUACAACAAAUUCAAUGUACUUCAUUGGCGUCUUGCUGGUGAUCAAUACUGGACUUAUCGUCAUUAUUUAUGUGAUAUUUAG